AUGCUCAAGCGGCUCCCACGUCUUACAAUCACUCGUCUAUACAACACUACAUUUGCACCUCGCUUCUCCAGUACAAUGUCCAGCAACGAUCAGCAAACGCAGACAGGGCCCAGGGAAGCUAAGGACACCAACAAGACACCACUUCCUCUUCCAGCCCCAGAACAUGCCGCCGCAGACCAGGGCGAUGACGUGACGUCUCUUCGCGUGGGCGAGUCUGUUAAGCUCGACGCCAUGGGCCCGCUCGUGGUAAACACAGAUGGAACUAUGGGUAGGAUUGGAAACUGGGCGGGUAUGACUGAGCAUGAGAGAGCGCAGACGUUGAGAUUGUUGGGAAAGAGGAACAAGGAGAGGAUGGACGUUCUCAAGGCUAAGAAAGCGGAGGAGGAGCAAAAGUCAGACACCAAUGCCGAUAAAUGA